CUCUCGGCUGGGAUGCAGAUCGAGCUGCUGGGGGUCCGUCCGGCCCGCGACACACUCCUGCUCCGGGAAUAACGACACACACACACCUGCGGGGGGCUUUAAGCAUCAACCGAACCCUCCCCGCUUCCGUCUGAGAGGCUCAUUUUCUUCUAUAUAGAGGACACAGCGGCUACCAGGAAAGAGGGCAUCUGUGUGUGUGUGUUUGUGCGUGCGUGUGUGUGUGUCUGCGGUGGUGGGGGUGCAUGCAUGUGUUCUGCACCGUACGGGCGGAAAAAGCGCCCAAGAUCUGCAGGGAGCAUUUUUCCUACCAGCAAAGUGGCGCAGACAGAGCUGGAGCGUCGGGAGAGCACGGAGGGGGCCGUGGACGGCAGCAGGAUGACAGUGCAAGAAUUCAACACCCUCGUCGCGCUGUACCGGGAGCAGGUCAUAUCCGUCGGGGAGAUCUCCGCGGACUGUCCGUCUCUGCGGGCUCAGAUGCACCACACACGGUCCAAAGGAUGCUCCAUGGCCCGGGCUGCACACCAAGACCUCACCGCCAUCUCUGUUUCAGGGCCAGAGGACGGGGAGAUCCACCCUGAGAUCUGUCGGCUCUUCAUCCAGCUGCAGUGCUGCCUGGAGAUGUUCAUAACAGAGAUGCUCAAAUCCAUGUGCCUGCUGGGGGUGCUGCAGCUGCACAGAAAAAGGACGGACUCGGAGCCCAGACUGGACUUCAGGGUGGAUGAAAGCUCUGACGUUCCCAUCCUGGAAGAACGUUCGUCCUCGCCCAUCGACUUUCCUCAGGAGCAGUUGCUGGUGGGAAUGGAUAUUGAAAAUAUAGAGAGAGAUAUGCGAGAGAUGAGAAACCUGCUCAGCAAACUCAGGGACACGAUGCCAUUGCCACUGAAAAACCAAGACGACAGCAGCUUGCUGAAUCUGACUCCACACCCGCUGGUCAGACAGAGGAAGAGACGCUUCCCUGGACUCUGCUGCAUGGUGUUCCUGAUGGCUCCCUGCAGCCGGUUGCUUCUGCUGCUGCAGCUCCUCAGCUGGAUGUCAGCUGGCCUGGCCUGUUUCUGUGAACGCUACCCCUGGGGAUCCUGGUCCGCCUGCUCCAGGACCUGCAACCACGGAACACAGCUCAGGCGCAGGAAUCCUAAUACUAACGAUGGUUAUUACUGGAAGAACAGCUGUAGACAGCUGUGUCCCAACCAUGACACAAGAUCUUGUAACGAGCAGAGAUGUCCAAUCAACUGCCUGCUGUCAGAGUUCGGGCCUUGGUCUGACUGCUCACCCUGCGCCAAGAAACAGUUAAGGACGCGGUCUGUCGUGAGGCCGUCCCAGUUUGGUGGAUCGGCCUGCAGCGUGGAACUGACAGAGGAGAGGGACUGUUAUCCCUCCACAGAGUGCAAGUUACCACCCGUCGACUGCAAAGACGACUUCAAAUGUGACAGUGGACGCUGCAUCAACUCAACGCUUACAUGCAACAAGCAGGACGACUGCGGAGAUAACUCUGAUGAGAAGGACUGCAGCGAGUUCACAAUUGUGUGUCCAGCGGACAAGAGAGUGGCCCCUGGUGCGGACCUGGUUCAAAAUGGGUUUGAUGGUCUAGCGCAGGUGACGAGGGGAGCGGUACUGGACAACAUGUUUAUGGGAGGAACUUGCAUCAUCAGGAGGCCUCAGUCCACACUGAUCUACCAUAGAGUCCCUCACAACUUUGAGGCCUUUGAAAUUAAGGUUGCAGAGCUGAACGACUUCAGCACCGAGCCCAAGCCACUGAAAACCGAAACCAUCAGUGUGAAGAAUUCCCGUUCGUCUGCAAGUCAGCAAGAUCCAUCUCGUGGAACCCUUUUUCUCCCAAUUCUUUUUUUCCUCCAUAGAAGCUCUCGGAGUUAUGUCAGCUCCAACAAGGAAGCUUUUGAAGCUUCAAAGAAAACGGACUCCAAGUUUUUCCGAGUGCACCAGGUUCUGCCUACAUCCACGUUCAAAGUCAGGAAUUACAAGGACCUUGUCCUUACACUGCCUUUUCUCCAGUUCCUUCACGCUCUUCCUCUGGACUACAACUACCCGCUCUACAGAGACAUCUUCCUGCGCUUCGGGACGCACUACUACAGCUCAGGGAAACUGGGAGGCCACUAUGACCUGUUGUACCAGUAUAGCCGAGAAGAGCUCCGAACCACAGGUGAAACAGAAGAACAGUUCAAAAGCUGCAUGGGGAAAGAGACCACCUGGUCCAUCAUCCUGUACACAGAGCACAGCAGUGUAACCCGAUGCAAGGACAACAGAAUGACUGAGAAAUAUGAAGGCUCAUACAUUCAGUCAUCAGAAAAGUCUUUCUCCAUGGUGAAAGGAGGUCGACUCAGAGAGGCAGCGGCUCUGGCCUGGGAGAGGCAGGGCCCAGCUCCGGGCCGAAAGGCCUACAGUGACUGGGCUAAGUCAGUCAUCGAGAACCCUGCUGUGGUUGAAUUUGAGGACCAUCUCAUCAUAGAUCUGGUUCGGGGGAUCCCAUGUGCUGUCACAAAGAGGAGACAUCUCAGGAAGGCCCUGCUGCAGUACCUGGAUGAGUUUGAUACCUGCAAGUGUUCACCCUGCCCCAACAAUGCCAUGCCUUUUCUCUCCGGCACUGAGUGCAAGUGUAUUUGCCAAACUGGCACAUUUGGCUCUAACUGUGAGCAACGAGCUCCCGACUACACUUCAGACGCGCAGGAUGGUUACUGGAGCUGCUGGGGGUCUUGGAGUAGCUGUGGAGGCUCAAUGAAGAGACAUCGGACUAGGCGGUGUGAUAACCCAGCCCCCCUCGGAGGUGGGGAAACCUGCAAGGGUCCUGCCAGAAUUGAGGAGACAUGCCAUAUCUCCAUCUUUGAGAAAAAGGACACCUGUGACAAUGAUGAUGACUUCACUGUAGGCUGGAAGGACGAGCUGCCUCCUGGUGUUCAGGGCUGUCUGAGGCCACAGAGGCCCACCAACAGCUUCCUAAGGAAAUCAAAGCAGUAUUAUAACUUUGGUGAGGAUGAGGAGUUCCAGUGCUUCACUGGCUUUGAACUGGAUGGUUUUCAGUACAUCAACUGUCUUCCUGAUGGGACAUGGAGUCAACCAACUGGAAGUUGCCUCAGGAAACUGUGCCUUCCACCUGAGAUCCCUGAUGGCAUGACGCUGUUCCCCACCAAAGAACAGUACAGAGUGGGGGAAUCGGUGGGUUUGAACUGUGACGAGCCGAGCCUAGCGCCGGUGCCAGCAGGCUUCUAUAAAUGCAGCGACAGCCUCACCUGGGAACCUCCAUUACCUGCUGACUUACGCUGCUCUGACGAGCAACCAUUUGUUCCUGAUGCCCAGUGUGGUCCAGGACAGAAACAAAAGGGAUCUAAAUGUGAAUGUAUUGAACGAGAGAGCUGUCUUUCACAUCCACCAAGUCUCUGCGUCCUGAACACGAACCUUGGUGUCACCGUGUCAGUGUCCCUGUGCUCCUUCAAUGCUGGUCGUUGCCACGGUGAUCCGCUCUUCUUCGUCGCCGAAGGUGUGUGUGACUCGGUGGACGCGGCCAAACUGGAGUGGGCCAAGUUCAGAGCCAAUAUAUCCUCUAAGAGCUCAGUCCAGCAACCCUGCGAUCUCGACACGUGUUAUGAAUGGGAGACCUGCUCUGCAUCUAAGAAGUGUGAAUGCAAAGUUGGUCGGGACUGCCCCCGAGAUGGACCGCACACGUUCUGCUUGAACCUGACCAGAACACAGCGGACCCGCAGCAUGAACCUUUGUUCUAUGGCCGCCCUCAAAUGUAUCAACUAUGAGUUUGAGAUUCUCAAUGAAGGCGAUUGUGAGUCCAGCUGAUCCUUCAAAAGCUUUUCUGUGCUGUUGUACUCUGAAUUCGUCUCACACCUGGCCUUAUAGUCAUUCGCACAUCUUUCAUUGUAUAUUCUUUAAAAAUGUACAUCUAUAAAAGAGACUGGUCAGCAGGUUUACUGGGGUCCAAGAACCUGAAGCAACUCCUAACACCUAACCAGAGUGAUGGGAAAGCCAAGUCUUAAAUUUGGCUUAAACAGGUGGUUUAGGAUUCACGCAUAUACUUGGGUGGGCUGCAGUUAAAGUACACUUUCCGAGCAGCAGGAGACAGUGGGCAACAAGUCAUGUUAUAUACAACUUUUUCAAGAAGAGCAUUAUUGGAUUUUCACCAACUUUGCUAUAACAAUACUGGAGGGUUCCAACUCUAAAUGUAACAUACUGCCCCCUAAUUUUUGGAAUGGUUAAUGCGGGGUACAUAUUGGAUGUGCAUAACAAAUUUGCGUAAUUUGGAGGAUUGGUGAUUUGGAGCGAAAAGCACCAUUUGAUGUUGGUUAGUAUGACUAGACUGCAGGAUAAACUGGGUAGGAAUGUUACCUGAUAUAAGAGGGAAACAUUCUGUGUCAGAUGUGUUGGACCAAUAGUAAAUUUGACACAAAUUUGUCUGCAGCAAAGCAUUUAUAGUGACUGGGCCGCUAUUGUCAAGCUGCAACUAGUUUAUCAAGGUCCAAUUCAACAAAAUCUCAUUGUGCUUUAUGAUUGUGCUUGAUUUUUUAUCUUUGUCUUUGUGAAUAAACUGAAUUGAACUUUGCUACACUGUAUAUGAUUUCAUUUGGAGGGUUUAUUAAUGAGAUAAAGGGGCCUGUUUACAUGAUCUAUAGCAGAUGGUCUAAAGUGCACAGUGCAAGUGCAUAUAGGUUGUGUCCUUCUCCACAUUUGCAAAAUAAAUGGCGAAAGGAAGAUGCAUUUAGUCUAUGUUUGUAUUUAGCCUCUAUACUUAGAUUUGCAUCUCUCUUCAUUGACUUUGUAUUAAAAGAAGGACCCUCUUUGUCUAAUCUGUCUGUUAGAAAACAACAAAUAAAUGUCUA